UCAGACAUGAGUGAGGAAAGACCAAUAUACGCAGAACUGAAAUUAUCCCUGAAGAGUAAGGAGGACAAAAACCAGGAAAAGAGAGAAUGUCCAUGGUGCAUCAGUGCUGUGAUCCUAGGAAUAAUAUGCCUUUGUCUUCUGAUGUCAAACGCAGUCUUGGGAUAUCUUUAUUUUCAGGGCACUUCUAACUUUAAAAAUCAGCAUGGGAAAGAUGCAAAUGAAAGUACUGCCUCCGCAAUGGAAGUAAUGGAUUCUUCAGUUUUACCACCUAUUACAGAGAAAGAUUGCUACCCAUGUCACGGAAGAUGGAUUUGCUGUGGAGAAAUGUGUUACUACUUUUCAGAAGAACUAAAGACAUGGGAAGAGAGUAAGGCAUCCUGCAGACACCAGGGUUCUAGACUCGCUAAGAUUGACAACAGACAGGAGCAGAGCUUUAUUCAGUCACGAUUGAACUACAGCCACUGGGUUGGAUUGCGUAAAAGAGGAAGUCAAUUCCAGUGGGUAUACCAGAAUGACACAAAACUUUCUUCAGAUGUGAAUUUUAAAUCAAUGCCUGUGGUAGAUGCAGAAUGUGGCUACCUCAAGCCAACGAGUUUCUCCAGUGCUCCAUGUGCAAGGCAUUUUCAUUACAUUUGUGAAAAGAAAUUCACCUGCCUUGUGACUUCAAAGAAUGGGUAAAGUAAAAUUCAACAACUUAGAACAUUCACCCCAAUCAGUGAACCAUACAUGACUUAUGAAGCAUUAGUACCCUUAAACAUGGACAAAACACAGGGUUUUAGAGAAUAAGUGAAACAAAUUGAAGAAAUGCAUGUAUAUUUUUGAAGUGGCCAGAAUCAGUAAAUGGAAAAACAUGAAACACUUUUUUCUUUUUGGUGAAAGACCUCAUACUUAUUUCUCUUAAUCAUUUAGGCAAAUUUAAUUCAAUGGUUCAACACUAUAUUUACAUUGUUUAAAAUACAAAAGAAAGCAAAACUGAGCUGUAAAAAUACCUAUU